UGAUUCUGUACUGAGCAGUUAAUUUAUACCUGUCGAAGAAGUCGAAUAGUAAUCAUUAUGUCUGACGUUGAACAAGAACAAAUCGUUGAAGAAGUUGCCGUUGAACAAACCGAAGCUGGUUCAAUCUCCAUUGAAGAUGCCUUAAAGGUUGUCUUAAGAACUUCUUUAGUUCACGAUGGUUUAGCCAGAGGUUUAAGAGAAGCUUCUAAGGCUUUAUCCAGAAGAGAAGCCCAAUUAUGUGUCUUAUGUGACUCUGUUACUGAAGAAUCUAUCAUUAAGUUGGUUGAAGCUUUAUGUAACGAACCAGAAGAAAAGAUUCCUUUAAUCAAGGUCUCUGAUGCCAAAUUAUUAGGUGAAUGGGCUGGUUUAUGUCAAUUAGACAGAGAAGGUAACGCCAGAAAAGUUGUUGGUGCUUCUUGUGUUGUUGUCAAGAACUGGGGUGCUGAUUCCGAUGAAAGAAACAUCUUAUUAGAACACUUUUCCCAACAAUAAAUUAUUUAGAAACAAGAUAUUUUAUCGAGUUUAUUAAAUCAUAUUUAUUGUAAAUCAAAACAACAUUAAAACCAUCAUCAUGGUUUAUAGCAUAAUUAAUGAAAAUAUUUGUGUAUACUAAUUAAUAAAUACUAUUACUGUGGUUUUAAACUUAAGUGAACUGACCUGUAGUCUAUAUUGUUUAUAUUUUAUAGAUUCAUCUA